AAAAAAUUCAGCUGGGUGAUCCAUCUGGAUGUAGCAUUAUAAUGCACAAAACGAACAUCAAUUUGCAUCUUCACCCAGAUGGAUCACCUGGGUGAGCAAACGAACAGAGCCUAACUUUGUGAUUUAAAAUUUAACCUUUAACUAAAUUACAUUAAAAAAAUAUUAAUAUUAAACUGGCUAGAAACAUACUCCCCUUAAUGUGGGGAUUAAACUUUUUGUUAUCAUUUUUUCUUUCUAUUUAUUAAAAUUAAUGAAAUAAAUAAUUUUACAAACAAAAAUUAUAUGAAAAAUAAGAAUAAUUAAAUAAAUACCAAUAAAAAUAUGGGAAGACGAGCUAUUUCCCAACAAGAAGUAUUGCAUAGCACCACAUGUCUCCCAGAACUAUGCUUCGUUCCCGAGAAUAAAAUUUGAAACAUAUUUUUCCACCAAUGUUGGUUUUCUCACGGUUUCUGUAAACUCAAUAUUAAAUCCGGAUUGUCUAAUAAUAAACCGACCAAAACUAAACCAAAACGAAAUAAAAUCCGACCUAACGAACUUAACUCGAUCCGUCAUUUUUACCCAACUUAAAUACAUCCGAGAAAACAGAAUUCCCAAAUCGAUUUCAAUCAAGAACCCUAAAAUUGUUGCUCUCGAUUGAAGUUGCAGAGAAGAAAAUGUCAGGGCUUCGUCGAAUACCUCAGGAGCAUCGACCAGAGGAAACGCUUCUCAUCGUCGGGGUGGAGUAGUCAUGGGAAUUUGAAGAAAUGUUGUGGUGAUGAAACUGUUCCUCUCAUGUCCAAAUCCGACAAAUACCCAUACCGAAGGUACUACCGUUGUGCUACUGCUGCAAGAAAGAAGAUGGAGAAGGAGCUAUGUGAUAAGGUGGAACAGUUGUUAGCUGUGAAGCCAAAGGUAACAUGAAGAGAAUGAUGGUAGUAGGUAUUGUUGGAUGUGUGGGUGUGCUAGGAAUCAUGGAGUUAUGCAUAAGAAAAUGGUGACUAUGAUAAAAAGAAAAUGAUUGAGGUUGUUGGUUUUUAGUGCUAAGUAAUAUGUUCACGUGGUUAGAUUAUUGUGUUUGGUCGAUCUUGUAUGAACAAAAUGGCUGAACUUGUUAUGUUUCAUUGGUAUCCAAUGUUAUCCUAACUUUUUAUGAUUGUUGUGUUUUGUUGUCAUAUUCAUUGAAAAGAGACAAAGAUAACAUAAACAAACCAAAGUUGGCCACUUUAAAUGUUAAACAAACACACAAAGGCUUGUACAAUUUCCCAUCACCACGUUUGAUGUGAGUAACCUCUGCGGGCUUCUUCUUCAAGCCUUUCUCUUCUUCGUCAUCACUAUCAGGAAUCUGAUUAUGUCGAACGGAAGGCUCGUUGACGAACUCUCCGACCAGGUGCUCGAUUUCAACAUGAUCUCUUUCUUCUGCUUCUUCAUCAAAGGUUUCACCAUCUCCAGCAUCUGCAUCAACGACCGCCUCUUCUUCAAUCCCUGUUCUCAAACUUCAGUUUUCUUAAUUCUGAAUUGCGAUUUGGGAAUUAGGUUUUCUGAUUUCAACAGUUACGGGAAAGUUUAAGUCUUUCAGGUAUUAGGAUCUCGGGUUAAAGGGUUAACUGGUUCUGGGUUUCCAAUUAUUGGUUUAGAAGAAGUAAUCGAGUCUUAAUCGGGUCAUCAAUUGGUCUAGUGCGGGUUUUAUUAAGCUUUUGGUUUUAAUUCAAUACAGUAAAUCGACAAUUGAAUUUUAUAACAUUAGAGAUUUCUAUCUUUCAUAUCAUGGAAGUUUAAGUGUUCAUCGUUACUUUGGUGGGAAAAUAAGUUUCGAACUUUAUUCUCGAAGAUAUAUCGAACGAGACAUAGUCUUAGGAGACAUAUGGUGCUAUGUGAUACUUCUCGUGAGGAAAUAGCUUGUUUUUCCUAAAAAUGUAGUAGUACUUUUUUUUUGGUUCUAAAGUUUAUUAAAUAAAAUUUUCAUAUUUUGUUUUACGAACUGGAGAUUUGAUAUUUUAAUGAAAAUGACAGUAAAAAUUGAACUCCAUGUAGUCUUAGUAAAUCUACUUUGAUACAAAUUGUGUGUGGCAUAUGUAAGAAUUGGAGCUUUUUAUUAAGAUGUGUAUUACAAGAAAUGCCAAUUAAUUAUUUGGAGUAAAAGCUUUGAGUUAUAAAUUAUUAAAUCACAACAGAGAACCAAAUGGUCUUGGCCUAGUGGUAAAGGGUCCACAGUUGAGACUACUGCCCUGGGUUCGAUUCUCCUUGGCCAUCCGGGGUACCUUAAAUGGUAAGAAAACGUGGAUCCUGCGGGCUUCGUAGUGAUUAGUCCUUCGGACACAACAUCUAGCAAGAAACAUCUAAGUCUUUGUUUUUGUUUUUCUAAAACUACCAUACAAAAGGAAAACUGUAAAAGACUACAUUGCCAAACUAAAAUUUGAUCUAUAUAAGAGCCAAAAAAAAUAUUCACGCUGACGGUAGAUGCAUAUGUCAAACUCUAGUUUAUAAUUAUAGUUUAAUAUACAUUCUACAAUUCUAACAAAAUCAUACAUGAAUGUGUGAUUUGUAAAAAAGACAAGAAAAUAUUUAGUUAAUAUGUUCUUUUAAGAGGAUGUUCAAUCAUUGGUUUGAAAUCUAUUUUCUAGGUUUUGUGAUCUUAGGAGAUUUGAUAUUUAAUAUAAACUCUUGAAAAUCUAUGUUCUUUAAAAAUGACUUUAUAUACAAAAAUUUAAAAUCACAUAUUUUUAAAUAACACUAAGUUUUGAUAAAUUAUUUGAAAUAUUAAUUGAAUAAUAUCAGAUCUAAAAUUUACUAUACAUGAUUACAAAUACAAAAUCUAAUCAUUAAAAUGUUUAUUUUAAGUGAUUAAUUCAAUAACACUAAAAUAUUAUUUUAAAUGAUAAAUUUAAUAGCACUAUAUUAUAUUUGGAUUCUUCUAAAAUCCAUGAUUAAAUAACACCCUUCUAAUAAACUCUGAUAGAUUUUUAAAAUACACACAAAUGUAUAAAGCAGAUGGAUAGCCGAUUCCUAAAACUUCUUAAAUACUAGGUCACACCGAUCUAACAGUACAAUCUUUCCAGAACCCAUAACCGCCGAUCUAUAUUCCUGUUUCACUGCCAGUUAUAGGUAUUGGUGACUGUAAGUGUAACAAUCAUCAUGAUGGUAGAUCAAAGACAAGGAAAAGGUGAAUACAUUCAGUGGAGACCAGAAGAGAGCAAAUUGUUGAUUGAGCUAGUAGCAAGCUGCUUCAAGGAGGGAUGGGUUGAUCCCAAUGGAAAAAUGUUCAAGAAAACCGUUGAGACAAAGAUACUUUCAGUUCUUAACGAAAAAUUUAAUAGCAGGAAGACUUAUAAGAAUUUUAUUAACCGAAUGAAGAUAUUGAAGAACCAAUACCGAGAUUUUGUCAAUCUUCUGCAUUUUGAUUCUAAGGUUCAAUGGAAUCCAAUCACAAAGAAGUUCACGGCUCCGGAUGAAGUGUGGACUGCUUACCUUAGAGAUUUUCCUAAUCAAAGACAUGUACGUAACGAGACAUAUGAAGAAUAUGAAAAUAUGAAGCUAGUAUUUGGGGGAAUGAGAAGAUUUGCGAGAUUACAUUCUCAACCAUCGAAAGUGAGAAAGAACGAGAUAAUGAAACAAGAAGUGGAUCUUACUAAUGAUGAUGACGAGGUUCAUGAAAUCCGUGAAACCGAAACUGAUUUAUUUGGUGAUUCAUCAGACUAUGCAUCCAUCAAAGACAAGAAUCUUUUGGCAAAGAUUUGCACAGAGAUAAGAUCAGUUGAGUCGGCCACUAAACAGAUGAUUCACAUAAUGCAAGGAAGAUCAAUGGUUGAGGAAAACAAGAAGAUCAAUGUUUGGGAGGCUAUAAAAGAGAUUCCUAAUUUGUCCAACCAUGUCCAAUACAAAGCUCUUUCCAUGAUUCAAAAGCUUGAAAUGAGAGACAUAUUUGUUAGUAUGUCUGUUGAAGAUCGUCUUGGUUGGAUUCAGUGGAAUACCCAACCAAAAACUUAACUCCAAGCUACAUGCAUCAAUUUGGUUUCUGUAUUUCCAUCGUGGAAUAUGAUUAGUAUUUUUUUCAAUAAACUGGUUAAAUUU